GAAAACGUCACGGCUUGAACUUGAAAGUUGAAUCCAGAAAGCUUUCGUUUUGAUCUCUCUGUGUCUCUGAGAUCGAUCGCCAGAAAGCUUUGGAGCUGGGGUUGGGUGUAAGGUUUUGCCGUUUAGGGACUAGGGUUUACUUCCUCUUCAUCAACUCAUUGUUCUGUAAUCACUAAUUCCAUCCAGAUUCGGAACAGGGUUUCUCCGUGAUGUCGAAGGCGCCACAGACUGGUUACGGCACUAUCCCUUCAACGGCAGCUUCGACUUCGAACCCUGCGGUCGAGUUCAUAUCCCGCGCUAAGGAAAGAGGGAAAUCGGUCUACGCCACACGGCGCCCAUGGAGGGAACUGGCAGAUCCGUCUGCGUUUGGGCGCCCGUAUAGCUAUGGCGAGGCCAUGGUUCGAAUCAAGCGUAAUCUCGGCUAUUUCCGCGUUAAUUAUGCCAUUAUCGUGUUACUGAUAUUGUUCCUGAGUCUCUUGUGGCAUCCGAUAUCAAUGAUUGUGUUCUUGGUCGUGUUUGUGGCUUGGUUCUUCCUUUACUUCUUUCGUGAUGAGCCACUUGUGGUCUUCAAUCGAACAUUUGACGAUCGGGUUGUUCUGGCGAUUCUGAGUGUAGUUACCAUUGUUGCGUUAGUCUUCACUCGUGUCGGGUUGAAUGUUCUGGUUUCGCUUAUAAUUGGAGUAGUCAUUGUUUGUCUUCAUGCGGCUUUUAGGGUUACCGAUGAUCAAUAUCAGUUCCUCAGCGAACAGGAAGCUGCUGAAGGGGGAUUGCUUUCGGUUGUUGGGAGCCCCCUGAGAACGACUUACAGCCGUGUUUGAAUGGACUGCUUUUGUACUGUUGGUUGCGGCUUGGUUUCAGAAAUGGGAUCUUGGGUGGUGAUUGUGAUCAUUAUCGAGUUCCAUAUGAAAGAAGUCUUGCCGACUAAAUCUGCCGGUUUGGGUUCGUUGUCAAAUGUUCUGAAAAAUGUUUUUGGUUCUGAACGGAGGGAUUCUUGUGAGUGCAUUUCUCUUGUUUCUAUUUCUACAAAAAAAAGUGCAAAUUCUGAAGGAAUUUGGUUGUAACUGUUUCAUGUUAGACUUCUUGUAAAGCAAGUCAAAUUUAUUUACUCGAGCUUGUAUUUUGUCCUUUUAUCAGUGUUGUUUUGAUUACAUUUAAGUGUUAGUUCAUGUUGUUUCAGUUUGUUAUAAAUUUCAGAUUGCAUUUUGACCCCA